UUAUUUGAGUCUAGCCUUCACACCGGAAGUUACAGAGAAGGCAACAGCGGCAGCAGCAAACAAGAUGGUGGCCACCAGGAGAGGAGUACGCGUGACUUAUCCAGCGAAAACAAACCCCGAACAGUCCUCUGAUGUCCCGACCACUCCUUCCACUGGCCGGAGAACCAGGAGUGCUGCUAAAGAAGCAGAGACUACUACCCAUCAUGUCCUCAUGGGGACCAGCAGCCAGCUUGAGAAAAGCGAGGGAGAACCUCCAGCAUCUCCAGCAUCUCCACCGACCUCCUCAAUGAAAAGAUGCACCAGAGCUUCCAGACUACACAGUCCAGAGCAACCCUGCACACCAGUGGGCUCUACCCAUGAAGCGGACAUCUCAGACCUGGAGUCUUGUUGCUCUGUGUUGUCCGACAUUGAACCACCAGUGACACGCAGCAGCAGGAGGAGACAGCCCCGUGCAGUAAGUCAGGAAGAUGAGGAGAUAUCGGAGGUGGAAUCAUGCUCUUCUGUGGUGUCUUCAUCAAAAACUGGCCAAACUAGUCGCCGCAGCACAAGGAGGAAGACAGCUCCUGAAUGUUCUGACCCAAUUAGUGCUGGGGUGGGAGACAUCAAAGUCGACCAGGUCCUGGAGACAGAGUCCUGGAGCUCUGUGGUGUCCGAAACAAAGAGAGUCACCAGAAGUCAGAGAAAAACCCGCACCAGAUAUUCUGCCAAACAACAAACCGAGGACUCGGAGGUCUCAGAUGCUGACAGCUGCACAUCCAGCGUCUCAGAAGUUUCUAAGUCCACCACCCGCAGAGCCACAAAAUCCAGAAGACAAACAAAUCCCAUCCCCAUACACCUAAACGAGUCCUCGGAGCGCUCGCACUCCCCUGCCCCGACUGGUAGACAGACGAGGGCAGCAAGAGGGAAGGCAUCAGCCAAUAUGGAGGGCAGCGAGCCCCCAUCUUGUGACUCUGAAGGCUUUGAGUCCGGGCCCACUUACAGUAUUACUACUCGUAGACGGGGCAAGGCCCAAUCCACAGGUCCCAAAGCCAUGGACUCAGACUCUGAGAUGACGGAUGUGCAUUCCCCAGUGGGCAGCCCCUGCUCCACAAGAGCCAGAGGAACUCCCUGCAGCAGCCGCACAGGCUCGUGGAACAGCAGCAGAGGCGCUCCAGCGUCCAGAAGCUCAGUGAAAGACCUUUGCAUUGUUCUUGAAAAAGCUGCAGAGCCCAUUGAAGAGGACCGUUCAUUAAAUGACUCUAGGUUAGAAAGCACAGUGAUCGCUGAGGACGCAGACUGCACACUGUUGGAGGAACAACAGAGCCAAACAUUAGAAGAAAAAGAGGAUGUGAUUAGUGCUGAUCUCACAUCAAAUGAGACGGAUACAAAAAGAGUGGAAAAGGGAGAAGAGGAGGAGGUUGUGAGUGAGCCUGCAGUGAUGGCCAAAGACCAGCAGGAGGAGCAGUCUGCUGAAACUAAAGACGGGGACACCUCAGAGAUGGAAAUGAUGCAGGAAAUGAUCCAGUCAUCAGAGCCAUUAAAGCCUUGCCAAUCUGUUAUAGUAACAUUAUGUGAGAAGGCUUCUGAAAUCAUUGAGGAGAAGGGCGAACCUAUGGAGAUAGCUGACGUGGACACCCAGUCAUCACAGGAAGAUAAAGCUGUGGAUGAGGAUGCAGUUGUAGUAACCCAGCCCAGUGUGGAGGAGAAAAUGGAAGUCAGCACACUGAACACAGAUACUCAGCAGGUGGUUGACUCUGGCGAGGUCCAAGUCCAGUCCUUUCAGGUAACAUCUCGACAGCAGCAAAAGAUUACAGUGGAUUCUGACUCUGAACAGCAACCUAAAGACGUCAUUGUCCAGAAAACAAAAGUAAUCAGCCUGCUGGAGAGCAGCGAUGAUGAAGAUGAAUAUGCUGAAGAGGAGGAAAGAGAAGUUUCUGGAGAAGAGGAGGAGAAGGAUUUGGAAUACAGGGAGAAAGAGGAGGAGGAGGAGAGAGGUGGACCUUCCAAGAAGUCAGAAGCAGCAGCUGCAUCAGUUGAAGGACUGUUUAUGAUUGACACACGGCCCGGACAAGAGGCCGAUGAACAUUACUAUACGGAGAGGCACAUAGAAGAGCAAGAAGAGGCCAAAAAUAAAGAAGCUGAACAGGAGGAGCAAGAUGACGAGUUUGUGGAUGAGGAGGGGGAUGAUGAUGAUGAUGAUGCAAAAAUCCUCUUCUGGAGUCGAAAUCCUCAGCUGAAAGAGAUGUCCAGCCGCAUUGACCCCGGCAUCAGAGUGAAGGAGCUUGGGGGUUUAUACAUCAAUUUUGAUGGCAGCAAAUCAAAACCUGUCUCCAGUUCGCUGCAAAAACUAAAGGAAAAGAAGAUCCAAGAUGAGGUGAUGAAGAAGAGCGUGAUUGGACCAGACUUUGAAAAGAAGGAUGCGGUGCCUCCAUACAGUGAAUCCAAACAAGCCACUAAACUGAAACACAGAGCAGAGAGGGAGAAAUCAACAGGAGACGGUUGGUUUAAUAUGAAAGCCCCUGAGAUCUCUCAGGAGCUGAAAGGAGACCUCCAAGUCCUGAAGAUGAGAGGCUCCAUGGACCCCAAGAGGUUCUACAAGAAGAACGACAGAGAUGGUUUUCCCAAGUAUUUUCAGGUUGGUACAGUGGCGGACAAUGCAGUCGACUUUUAUCAUUCCCGUAUUCCCAAGAAGGAGAGGAAGAGAACCAUGGUGGAGGAGCUGCUGGCUGAUGCUGAGUUCAGACACAACAACAAAAAGAAAUACCAGCACAUUGUGACAGAGAAAGCAGCGCAGGGAGCUGGCAAGAGGAACAAGAAGAAGAAUAAAUUCCAUAAGAAGUAAAUCUGAAGACUUUGAGUGGAUUUUCAGACACUGGUAUCAACUCCAAGUGUUCAACGGGGGGGUGGGUUGUUGAUGAUCAGAGAGCAUCAAUCAAGCAUCAAUUUUGGGACUUAAAUAUGAAGCUUUACAGAAUCCCUCUCAUUCACUCCUCUUCAUCUCUAAAGAUGGAUUGAGUUUAUGUCUGCAUGAAGAAACUGACUGUUUCAUGUUUGAGAAGAUGAUACAAGUCAAGUGGAUUCAGUGAGUGUGAUGGUAAAAAAGUCUUCCUUUGUACAGUUAUCAGUAAAUAUGGUGUACAUGCUUCUAUUUACAACUGAAACAAACAGAUUUUUAAUCAAAUGGACCAGUACCUUGCUGUGCGGGAAUCUGCAAAAAUACAUGCAUGAAACAUUAAAAUAUUUUCUUUUGACUGGCACCAAUGUUUGUAAUGCUUCUCGUAAAUUAAACACAUCACAUUCUGAAAAUAAAGUUUGUCCUGUAGGAUGAAUUAACACCAUUAUCAUUUAUGACAAAAAAAGAAACUGGUGUCCUGAUUGUCUUAACUGUGUUGUAUAUAGUCAAACGCUGAGGUCACACCAUGUCAAAGUCACAUUUUUUAAUUUUAUAUAAUUUUAAUUUCUUAUUUUAAGUUACUUGUAAUAUUUGUAGAGAGGAAUCCAGAAGGGACUUGUAGUUUGACUAUUAAUUAGAUUCCCCACAUUUAGUUAGAAUGUACCCACUGCAUUGAAGAAACUCAUGAUCAUUCAUUGUAUGUAAAGCGUAAUACAUUUUCUUCAUUUAGUAUAAUUUAAAAUUAAUCUCUCGUGAUACUGUGGCUGCACUUCAUUUAAUUAGCAAUAAUAAAAGAUGUAAGCUACUAUGCUUAAAUGAAACACUGUCUUAGAGAUUAAGUGUUUAUCAUAAAGAGCAGACAACUUCUGUGUCAAGAGCACAUGCAUACAAACUCUACAGUUUUGAUUUUAAAUAUUAAAGCCAUUUCAGUGUAACACUAUG